AUGCUCAAGAAAGAGGCGUACAAAGAAACUGAGAAGUGCCUUGAAGCCCUCAAGGAAGAGGAGUUGAAGAUGGACGAAGGAGUUGAGAAGUUCCGUAGAACGAUCCAGAAACUGAAGUCCAAGAGGGACGAAGAAACUCAGAAGUGCCUUGAAACCCUCGAGGAAGGGAAGCUGAAGAUGGAAGAAGAGCUUGAGGAGUACCAUAGAGCUCUCACCAAACUGAAGUUCAUGAAGGACGAAGAAACUCAAAAUUGCCUUGAAACCCUCGAAGAUGAGGAGUUGGAGAUGGACGAAGGAAUUAAGAGGUACCGUAGGACGCUCGAGAAACUGAAGUUCAAGAAAGACAAAGAAGCUCGCAAUUGCCUUGAAACCCUCGAGGAAGAGGAGUUGAAGAUGGACGGAGGAAUUGAGAAGUACCGUAGAACACUCAAGAAACUGAAGUUCAAGAAAGACAAAGAAGCUCGCAAGUGCCUUGAAACCCUCGAGACAGGGAAGCUGAAGAUGGACGAAGAAGUUGAGAAGUGCCACAGAGCUCUGGAGAAGCUGAAGUUCAGGAAAGCGAAAGAAGCUGAGCAGUGUCUUAAAACCCUCAAGACAGGGGACCUGAAGAAGUACCAAGAAACUAAGAAGUGCAUUGAAUUCCUCGAGAAAUUGAAGUCGAAGGUGGACGAGGAAGUUCGGAAGUUCUUUAGAGCCCUCAAGAUGCUGAUGUUCAGGAGAGACAAAGAAGCUGAGAAUUGUCUUCAAACCUUCGAGAGAACGGAGUUGGAAAUGGACGAACAGUUUGAGGAGUACCGUGGUUUUCUCGAGAAACUGAGGUUGCAGAUAGGCGAAGAAACUGAUAAGUGCCUUGGGUCCCUUGAGAAAGAGGAGCUGGCCUUGGACGAAGUUGGGGCGUCCCGUAGAUUCCUCGAGAAACUGAGGUUCAAGAAAGACAAAGAAGCUGAGAAGUCUCUUGAAACCCUCGGAGAUGAGGAGUUGGAGAUCGACGAAGAGGUUAAGAAGUCUCUUGAAGCUCUCGAAAAGAUGGACGAAGUUCAGGAGUAUCGUAGAUUCCUCGAAAAAAUGCAGUUCAAGAAGGACAAGGAAGCUGAGAAGUCUCUUGAAGCCAACGAAGAGAUGGACGAACUUCAGGAGUAUCGCAGGUUCCUUGAGAAACUGAAGGACAAGGAAGCUGAGAAGUCUCUUGAAGCCCUCGAGGAGAAGGACGAAGUUGAGGAGUAUCGCAGGUUCCUCUAG